AUGCGUUUCUCCGUCGCUACCUCUUUCUCCGCCUUCGUGGCCCUGGCUGCCGCCUACACCACUCCUGACUACAGCCAGAACCCCACUGGCAAUGCCAUUACCUCCCCCGGUCUCAACGAGAUCGUCCCCGAGGGCAAGCAGUACACCAUCAAGUGGACCCCCACCACCGAGGGUCCCAUCUCCCUGGUCCUGCUCCGCGGCCCUUCCACCAACGUCCAGCCUCUCAAGACCCUCGCUGAGAGUAUCCCCAACUCCGGCGAGUUCAAGUGGACUCCUGGCUCUGAGCUGACCCCCGACACCACCCACUACGGUCUCCUUCUCGUUGUCGAGGGUACUGGUCAGUACCAGUACUCCACCCAGUUCGGUCUCGGUGCCGCCGCUGGCGCCAGCUCCGGCUCCGGCGCCUCCACCAUCGAGGUCACCGAGAGCACCACCAUCUGCCCCGAGACUGAGACCGCUGGCCCUACCGCCACCGCCAAGCCCUCUACCGUUGUUGCUGAGACCACCGAGACCACCACCUUCUGCCCGGAGUCCGAGACUGCCUCCGCUGUCUCCACCCCCGCCUGGUCCACCAUCAUCCCCAGCUCCGAGGUGACCACCACCAUCUGCCCCGAGACUGAGACUGCCUCCGCCACCUCCAUCCCCGUGGUUGUCCCCACCGGCGUCUCUCCCGUCACCACCAAGGCCUGGACCUCCUCUGCCCGCGUCUCCUCCGUUGCUCCCUCCGGAACCGCCUCUGCUUCCCCUGCGGCUUCCUCUCCCGUCUUCAACGGCGCUGCCUCCAACACCUUCAGCCUCGGCGCUGUCUUCGCUGGUCUCCUCGUUGCUUUCGCUAUCUAA